AUAAGAGGUAUCUUCGGACAACUUUGGUGAUAUGCAUCCUAGAAAUGUGGAGAGAUCAGAUGUAUAGAGGUCCCAUGCUUGUGCUUGUUGGGGUAUUAACAGAGGUAAUUGAUUCUGAAGUCGCAUGGAGAAGAGGGUCCAUUUCAUUCCAUCGGUGUUUCAGAGACUGCAUGUGCUUUCAUUGCAUAGGAUGAGUGUUACAAGGAUACAGAGUGACUUGCCUGGUGUAGGGUGAGUCCACAAGUAGAGCCAGUUUGCAUCUUCCCACCAACGAAUUGGAUUGAUGUGUUUUUGUUUGAGGACAAUUUUACUCCAAAGAUGGAGCAUAGUUUCGUUGACAAUGUGUGUUUUUGCCGACUGUGUUGUUCAAGAUCGUUCCUCGAGGCCAUGGGUAAGGUGGAUGUGUUGUUUCGAGGGCGAGGUUGUUGUUUCUAUCAGGGCUUCAAGUAGGGCCUCGUUGAAGCGGUAGAAGGCAGGAAGAAUUAUUGCUUGAGGAAUUGUGCCUUCCGAAGGGCGGCUUGGAGCCAAGAUAGAACAGAAGCUCUCAUGGAAUUUUGGUGUUUUGUAUCCUUGAGCCCAUGAUAAAGACGGUGUCGGGAGGUUUGGUUUGAUGGUUUGUUGUGUCUUUUUGGGCUGCCAUAAGACGGUUGUUGAUCUAGGUUUGGUGGUUACUUGCGGAUUGGUGUGGAUCUGUGAUGUGGAGACCACAUCCCUUGGACCGCUUGACGAUGUAGUUGUUCGUCAGCAUUCGAACGUGGGGGCCGACGGCAUGGUUAGGUAAGUAUCGGCGUCAUCUACAAACAGAACUUCGCAGAAAAUACUGAAUGUUUCUCUCAGAAACUCUUGAGUUCUAAGGAAAGGAGGUAGUUUGGAAAUCUGGGCCCAUAUUCCGGUCUUGAGGUUCGACUUGUUGAGGGGAUGAUCUGUAUUAAAAUAAGGGGACCAGCAAUAGAAUGUUAUGUCCCCUCCUUCCAGUGUGUACCCAUGUUCCGACAACGUGUGUAGUCGGCCCUCCUCUUGUGAAAACUGUACUUCGGAGUACUGUUACGACCUGUGAUGUGUGCUAAUACCAUGUUGUUGGCCAGUUCGUCCAUCCGUUCCCUGUACGAGUUCAGGCGGUCCGUGGGCAGUGAGAUUCUUAAGGGAAGGGGGCGGUCCUGAGUAUCUUGAGUAUUCCGCUCGCCCGCUGUCAAUGGCGACUGCGGAUGUUGAUCACUGGGGGGUUCUUCUAGGAUUGGUGUGGGGUCAUCUAUAGAUUUGGGAUUUAAGUAUUCUUGCGGGUAAUAUGACUGUAGGAAUCUGGCGAGGUUCGGGGCCACUCUGUUGACAAGCUUUGCUACAUCCUCAUAUUCUGUUUUGGAGAAGGAUAAUCCCGAAUGUGGGUGUUUCAUUAGAAAGGCUUUUCAACUCAAUGGCAAGUUUCCAACCACACUAGAAUUCACCCUCUCACGUGGCCCUCAAUGCCAGCGUGUCCUUGCACUCGUAGCAUGGUAGGGCAUCAAGCUCUGAACCCUCGCCAGGUGGAAUCUUCCAAGCUGGCAGUGACCUACUCAGCCUUUCACGGCAACGAUGUGGAACCCUCAGUGUCGCCGCGACUGCGAGCAGAGAGUUCGUCCAGCAUAUCCCCAUUCUCUCGCAAUUUGGGUCACCAGAUGGUCGAUGGCUUGUGAGUAGGACGGAGAUUUCUAGAGCUUCGUAGUCGCUGGAAACGAUUGCUGCUCAUUUUUGUCACCAGGUUGCAGUAAACUUUUCGCAUAGUUUUGGUUUUCUGAGGCGUGGUUGUGCGUUAGCACGAUGACGAAGCUGGCGUCUGUGCGAGCGACGAGGUUUUAUGGACCUGCGUCGAUGAAGUACGAGUGCGAGUUAGCCAACGCUGUUGGGUACCUGUUGGGCACAGCCUUGGUGCUCAUUGGGGUGGUGUUCUUUUUACCGGGAUGGAACGUACCAGUAGGAAUUUGGUGCCUGUUGAUCGCGUUGGUGCUCAUUAUUUGUGUUAACGUCCACGACUUAUACGCUCAGCUUGCGGGAUUCGACUUCCGUAUCCCUCUGGUGACCUUGGAUCCCCAGCUGGCGCUCAUCGAGAUUGCUGCUCCCCUUGUCCAGGCGAUUGGUGGUUUGCUCUUCCUCGUUGGGUUCAUCUUUUUCUUGCAGAUUACGUUGGGAAAGCUCGACUCAAUAGAUGUUGCAUAUGUGACGAAUCAUGCAUACAGCCUGGUGAUUGCGGCCUCUGCGUUCUGGCUUCUGGGUUCCAUCCACAACGCCUUUCAAGUGUAUGAAAAUACCGACACCAGGGUCCAGUUCAUGCAAAAAACCGUGUCAGUGCCUUUGCUUAUCGCCAAUACCUUGUUUCUCGUCGCGUCGAUAUUGAGUUAUGAGACAUGGACUCUGCCCCCCAUCGCCAAGAAGGCUGCGGUAACUGCUAUUUGGCUCGCCAUUGUUGCCGCUGGACUGCUUCUGUUUUCUGGAAUCAUGAACAUAAUCCGUGUUCUGGAGAUGCGGGAAGUGGAUCACACGGGAGGUCUCCUUGAGCCACUAAGGGGUGGUGCGCAGGAGGAACUGGAGCACAAGCGAGACGAAGACGAAAUGCUGCUCGACCGUGAGAAGUAUGCCGCUGAUGUGGAAGAAGGCUCCUCUUACAAACAAGUUGUUGUCACUGCCGAAAACUUGGAUCGAUAGAUGAUCUAUAUUACUCACGGAUCAUGAGCUAUUCCAAGAUCAGGCUGCAAGAUAUGUACAUAGCAGAUAGCUUCUUGCUUAUACGAUACUGCGUGUAUGCUGUUCCUAAUGGUCAAAAGUGAAAUGCCAAAGAUUACUUUUGUUUUGUUCCACCUUU